UGUUUUUGUUCAUUGUUGUCGUUUUCCAUUUCCAUUCAUUUUUUGAAAUGGCUGGGAUGACUAACGUUCUUGAAACUGUCCGCGAGGACGAUUUUGUAGAAUAUUUCAUAUUUCCACAAAUAGAAACCCACGAUGAGCAGGAACAAGAAAAUAUUCUAACGGCGCUAUUAGAUAAAACCAAUAAAAUAAUUCAUAAAUAUACCAAAAACUUUUUGUGGCACAAAGACGAUUUUAAACUUGUAAUUAGAACAUCCACAUCCAAUUUCUUAAAUGAAAUCGAAGGCCAAAAAGAAGCACUGCCUCCACAUCUUUAUGGGGUAUCACAUUAUGGAGACAAUAUUGAAGAUGAAUGGUUUAUGGUAUUUCUUUUGAGGCAACUAACAAAGGAAUUGACUGGAUCCAUUGCCAGAGUUCAUGAUAUUGAUGGGGAGUUCCUUCUUAUUGAAGCAGCUGAAUAUUUACCAAACUGGGCUAGACCAGAAACUUGUGAAAGUAGGGUCUAUAUGUACAAUGGCAACAUCCACUUAAUUCCGCAUGAUGAUUCAACUUCAACCACAAUCACAAUAAACGAAGCUGUGUCAUCAAUAAGAGAAAAUCCCACAUCGACAGUUGCAUCAACAGAAAUCCAGCAAGCCAUAAAAACAAAACUCGAUGGUUAUCCCGAUAAAUUGAAAGACAAUAUCCAUAACGCAGUAGUUUACAUACCAAUAGGAGUAGCGAAAGCUUUAAAAGCGAAACCCAACCUGAUCUCAGCCGCUGUUCAAGUGUUUUGUAAUAGAGACUCAGUUGACCUUAAAGCCUGUAGAGCUAUGAAAUACUUUCCACCUGAAAAUAGAGUUAAACAAAGGGUUACCUUCACUAAAUGUCUGUAUGCCAUGUUAACCCAUAGUAAGUAUCUUCCAGACAGAAGAACUGGAUGGAAUCUACCUCCUACCAAUUCCAAAGAAUACCAGUCUAAUAUUUUAGGAGUCAAACUAGCUUGUGGCUUUGAAAUUUUGGCUUCCCAAGCUAAGCCGAGUACUGACGUUGAAUCUGAUAGAGGCUGGCAGAAUUACCUAAAAAGUCUGAAAGAAAAAGGGUAUUUUAAAGAUUAUUUAGAACAUUCUUUAGGUUACAAUAAUUUACUAAACAAAGCCAAGGAGUAUUACGUCGAUCAUAGAGAUUCUAUGCAUCAAAACUCGUCAAUAGGUCAAGAAAUUUUAGAUUUAAGUAGAAAUAUCGAUAUAGAAGUCGAAGAAGAGACGAACCUGGUAGAUGACGACGAUUCUUGGCUGAAUAUUAGUCCUGAUGAUCUCGACAAGAUGCUUCAAGAAAAAUAUGGACAGAAAAAAAUAUUCAACGUUAAUAAUAAUACAGACGCGUCUAGUUUUACAGAAAAGUUAAACAGUUUCUUGAACCACGUUUCUGAUGUGGAUGGAGCAGAGUUUCCCAAUGAAAACGAAUCUCCUGUUAGACCCCCAAGGCGCAAAAAUAAAUCGAAGGUGUCUUUUUCAUCUGAAGCUAAAACGGAAGAAACAACAUCUAACAACAAAAUAAACUUCGACCCGAACUCUUUUACUUGUGCACUACAAAACAUCCUAAAUUUCUCCAUACCCGAGGACGAUUCUUGGGACUUGGACUCCGAUUCGGAAAUGAGUGAAUAUGAAGAAGAUAACUAUGUCAAAGAUCAAAGUUACGAAACCGCGAAAGAUAAAAAUAAGCUGCAAAAAUAUAUGGAAGAAAUGGACCGCGAAUUAGAAGGAACUACUAUUGGACAAAGUUUUGAGAAGAAGAACGGAGAUAAUUUCGAAGAUAUAGAGAAUUUCAAGCCGGUCGAUAUUAACGUUAAUGCCUUAAAAUACAUUUUAGAGAGUUACAAAAGUCAGUUAGGGGAUGCGGGACCGUCUAGUAAUAUGCUGGGACCUAUGGGGCUCCAUCUUGAUCCCAAGGAUAACAUUGAUAUGGAUUAAAAAGAAGUUAUAAUUCGAUUUGGAGAAAAACACCAUAUAUGUAUACCCGUACGUUACAAAAAACUUGGCACAUCAUAGGCAUUUAGGGUUAAAAUCAGAUUACAGUUGAGUCCAGGGUUCUUUACCCGUGCGUCAUCAUUUAAAGCAUACGAAAUAAGUCGGAAAUUUACUCCACGCAACAGCAAGUCACAUAAAGUGACUACUGCUCCGAUAACGGGUUAUAUUAUAAAAUUUGACGUUAUCAAAUAAAUAAAAUGUCAAAUGUAAGUUUUGCUUUAAAAUUUUAUAAAAAAUUUUAAAUAUGAUUAAUAUUUUUUUUGUCAUUUUAUUCACUUUGUCGGAAACUUAAACACAACCAUUCCUUAACUGUGUGAAGGAGGUUAGCUUUGUAUGUUGUAAAAAUUAAUGGCAAAAUAAAAUACACUUACCAUAAAAUUUCAAACUCCAAUAUACCUAUAAUUAGUUGUGAAAACAACUGUUUGUGUGAUAUAAAAAACUUAUAAUAUAUAAAAACUAAAUAUAUUAUUAAAAAAUCACUUUAUUGCUUUUCCUCUUUUCUCGAUUGAGUAUUAGUUUUUGUUGUACAGUAUAUAAAUUAUUACAAUCACUGAAUACAUAGUUAGUGAAAAAAUUAUCAUAUUAAUUAACUGAAUUAAUAAUUAAGGCAAUUAUACAAGUAACAGUUAUCCAAGAAAAGCCAUCUCUUUAAAGUUAAUGAUGACAUUGUCAAGUAAUGUUUACAUAUACAUAUCAGUGAGAAUUUUACUACACGUAAUUUGCCGUGUUAAGAUAGAAAAAGUAGGGAUAGCCGUAAAAUAUUUGCGCCUACACUCAUAACAGGCGGUAGAUGGUUUGUCUUUAUAACCCGAUCAAAGACCAAUCUGACCCCAAAAAAAAUAAAGGAAGGAUGAAAAUUUGGGAAUAGGUAGUUGAAAUUGUCUAUUAUUAUAUAAAAAAAAGUUUACAAUUCUAAGUCCGCUCCAUUUAACAAACAUGAAGGGGAAUACCCCCUCUCGAAGGUGAAAAACAUACAUUCAAAAUAAGACCGGAAUUGGAUAAAAUGACUGAUUCUAAACAACUUUUGUUCUAAAGAGUUUUUUCGCUAAGUCAAUACUUUUCGAGUUAUUUGCGAGUGAAUAUGUUCAUUUUUAACAAAAAAAAACUUGUUUUUGGGCGGUUUUUCGGAGAUAACUCAAAAAGUAGAAGCAGAGUUGUAGCUAAUGAAAAGUAGGUUCUUCUUCGUCAAAUUCCAAAUCGAAUAUUUCAAUGUGAAAUAACCCAAAAACGGAGCACUUUUCGGGGAAAAUUUAUUUCAACUUUUUUAAAGUGUUUAAAAAAGGUUUAUUUUUGUUUUUUUUUUUAACUUUUAACAUUAAAAGUAAGUGAGUUACGCUCAAAAUAUUGUUGGUUCCUUUUAUUUUUUGGUAACAAAAAUCGCGAAAAUCGCCCCCUAAUUAGCAUCACAAAUAAAUUUUAUCAUUACCACUUCUUGACAAGUUACUUUGCUUAUGUAUUAUUUAUAUGAUCUGUAAAAGCUGUAGUUAAAAUGGCUUGAACGAGUAACUUAUCACGAGUUUAGGCAAAUUUUGAACAGCCAUAGCAUAACCAAUUUUUGUCUAACAAGAAAACAAAAAAUCAAAAAUAUUCAGAAAAGCAAAACGAAUAUUUUAUUACUCUUUGAGAUUUUUGGUAUUACUAAUAAUUUUUAAGUUAAUUCCAUAAAAAAUUCAAUUUUUUUUUCAAAAUUAAAAAAACAUGUUUUAUUUUAAACCCAUUUUUUUUUCAAAAAUGGGCACUUUAAACCAAUGAAACUUAUAGAUAAUAUAAACAAUACAUAAUUAAAGUAACUUGUGAAGCGGUAACGAUUAAUUUUAUUUGGGAAGCUAAGUAGGGGAUGAUUUUCGCGAUUUUUUUAGCAAAAAAUAAAAAAGACCAGCAAUAUUUUGAGCGUAACUUAUACUUUUAAUUUUAGAAGUUUUUUUAGAAAACAAAAAUAAACCUUUUUUAAACACUUGAAAAAACCCUAAAAAACCUUUUAAAAUCCUUUUGUAAUGAAUUUUCCCCGAAGAAAAGAGCUCCGUUUUUGGGUUAUUUCAAAUUGAAAUAUUCGAUUUGGAAUUUGACGAAGAAGAAUCUACUUUUCAUUAGCUACAACUGUGCUUCUACUAGGUCUACAGACCUCAUGCAUACACCAUUUUUUUUUCAGUUUUUUUAUAAGCUAUAUUUUAGCUAAGAAUCGCGUUUCGCUAAAAUAGUUACUUUUUGAGUUAUCUGCGAAAAACCGUCCAAAAACAUGUUUUUUUUUUUUGUUAAAAUUGAACAUAAUAUUAUUCACUCGCAAAUAACAAGAAAAGUAUUAACUUAGUGAAAAAACUAUAUAGAACAAAAGUUACUUAGAAUUAGUCAUUUUAUACAAUUUCGGACUUAUUUUGAACGUAUAUUUUUUCAUCCCCGAGAAAAUAUUUCCCAAUUUUUGUAAAAUGGAGGGGAUGUAGAAUUGUAAACUUUUUCUUAUAUAAUAAUAGACAAUUUCAACUACCUAUUCCCAAAUUUUCAUCCUUCCUUUAUUUUUUUGGAGGUUUUCGUCAAAUUUUGUGUUCCCUGGUCGGGCUAUUAGUUUCAUGCGUGGAAGAAAAUGAUGCUAGAUAAAAAGUAUGUGUUUUCUCUCGUCAGGUAUUAAUGACGUACGGGUAAAGAAUCGUGGACUCAACUGUAUGUAUAUAUAAGCAGUAGUUCAUGGUGUUUUUCCUUCAUUAUGCCAAUUGGUAGAUUUCCUGCAAUGCCGUCUUAAAAUAUUUUAGUGUCAAAUUGUUGCCUUAAAGUUAGAAAACGGUAUCGUUUUUUAAUUUUACACAUGUUUUUUAUUAACACUACAAAACUGAGCAAUAUUUUGUACUGGAACUUUUGUAAUGUAACUAACCAAAACGUUUGAUACUAAAAUUUAUCGACACGAUUUACCGUUGCCGCCUGAUCAAACUAGUUUUCCUAAGUCACAUGUAUUUUCAUUAGCCAUAAAUGACACAUCUUUAUUAAAUAAUAUGAUCUUUGUCAAUGUAUCUUUUAGUUUUAUGUACAUAUAACUCUUUCAUUGACACCUCGGUCUGAACCGUCAACAAAAUUUGUCGUUGGGAGAUCAGAAUGUCAGAUUCUUCUUCUUGUAGUGCCUAUCGUUUCGGAUGUUGGCGACCAUCAUGGCAAUCUGUACUUUGCACAUUGCUGAUCUGAAAAUAUUUGUGGUUGUUGUUUUGAACCAUGUACGUAGAUUGUUCAACCAAGAAAUACUGCGCCCUACAUGUCCUCGUUUUUCUUUUACUUUUCCUUGUAAAAUUACUUGCAGCAAUCCAUAUCUUUCUCUGUUCCUCAUGGUGUGACCGAUUUUGGCUGGUUCUAUUGUGGUUAACAGUUUUUUUUGUAUUCCUUAUAAAACGUCCUGAUUAGUAACUUGGUCGGUAUAAGAUAUCUUCAGGAUUCGACGAUAAAGCCACAUUUAGAAAGUCCCAAUUUUCUUGCAGGUGGCGUCUGUGAGAGUUCACUACUCAACUCCGUACAACAGUAUAGUAAAGAUAUAACAUGUAACCUGUAUUGAUAAAUCAUUAAAUUUGAAUAACUCGGCCAUUUUUUGAAAUGCAGAUCUUGUUUUCUCUAUCCUAUAUUUAAUUAAUAGGGAAUGGUUCCAAUUUUAAUUGACGUUCGUAACAAGGUAGGUAUAUAUUUUUACUCUUUCUAUUUGUUGACCGUUCACACUGAUUCGUCCAAAUUGCUGUUCCUUUUUAGAGAUCAUCAUACAUUUUGUUUUCUUAAUGUCUAGUGAAAGUCCAUAUCUGUGACUUACUUCUGUGAUUCUAUUCAUUAACUACUAGAGGGCUUCAGAAAUAUCAGCGAAUACCACCGUGUCGUCUGUGUAUCUUAUACAUUCUCCAUUAAUUCGAAUUCUGACUUAAACAUCAUUUACUGCCUCUUGAAAGGCUUCCUCAAGUAUAAUUUGAAAAGCAGUAAUGAUAUUAUACAUCUCUGUGGGACUCUAAGUUUGAUUUUGAUAUAGUCGGAUUCUCCUGCCUUUGUCCGAAUAGACGAUGUUUGAUUCCAGUAAACAUUACUAAUGAUUCUUAGAUCACAGGUGUGUAUUCAUAUAUUGGUUAAUCCUCUCCAUCAGCUUGAAGCAUGCAUAAAUAUCGCAAUUUACAUCUCUACACUGCAUUCCGAAAACCAAACUGUGUGCGGCUGAUUUUUCUUCCCACAGUCUAUAAUAUAUCCAUUGAUGUAUAAUUUUUAGAAAUAAUUUUAAAAUACAAAAUAUAUGUCCAGGCCUAAUCCACAUGUAUUUAUUUAGGAAAUUUAAAAUCAUUAUAUUAUACAUUAUAGUUUCAAGGGUGUCGCAGGGUAAUACAAUAGAUUGUGUGCUUAACAAUUUGAAUAACAUUGGCUCUGACAGUCUUCUCUCACUGCGAUGAAGAUUAUUCGACGGCCAAAAUCGUCUUGUCCAUGAAAGGUUUAAUAACUAUUACUCUAUAAAUUAGAUAUAUAUUUUUAAUAAUGAUUUUAGUAAAGUACAGUGUCUUGUCCAUGAAAGGUUUAAUAACUAUUACUCUAUAAAUUAGAUAUAUAUUUUUAAUAAUGAUUUUAGUAAUAUAAAGUACAGUGUGAACAUACAACGACAUUUAAGAUUUGAUGUUUAAACGUUUUGGAAAUUUUGUCCAUAUUAUUAGUUAUGUAUUUUUUUUUUAAAUAUGAUGCAAAGUCCUUUAAGUUGUUUGUCUCGUAUGUCAUUUAUGUCUAUUGAAACGUGAAUAUAUAAAUCAUAAAAUAUCCUGUUUUUAGGGUGCUGUCGUAUGUUGUAAGACUUAUAUUUUAUAAUGUGUGUAACUGCCAUAGUAGUGGUUAGUUGUUUUUUAUAUAUGUUUGCCAUGCACUAAUACAUAUUACCUAUAGUAAAGUAAGAGUAUUAUAGUUAUAAAAUAUUAACCCAUUUUUAUAAUCUUUGAUAUUUUAAUGUUAAUUCAGGUAUUUGGAUUGCCAGAAAUAUGAAUAACUAAAAUACCCCAUGCAUCUUCGACUUGCCAAAAUAAAAAAAUAUGUGAAAGUAAUAACAAAUUGAUUAAUUUAUAAAACCAUAUAUUUAUGGCGAAUACGUUUUUAUAAGAGUAGUAAAUAUACAUCUAUGAUUAAUUAUUAUUAAAGAAAGCUUAUGUUUCAUUUCGGUUCAGAGAUGAUCCACCAUCCCCAUACGACUAUUUCGGUCUCUUCAGACCUCUUCAGUGGGGCUACGUGAAUACCUCUGAAUCGAAUACGCAGCAGAAUUAUAAAAAUAAUUCUCAUAUCGGACGCUGUCGCGACAUCUAUUAAAGAAAUGAGAAGUCCCAGAUUUUUUUUAUUUAAUUUAAAAGUAUUUUGCAAUCUGUUGAGUGUCAACAAUAAACAAAAGUAAUGACAUUGACUAAGGACAAGAAAGAUUUUACUCACUAGUAAAAUCAAAAUACAAUUUUUAUAAAGUUGUGUAGAAAAUAAUUACAUUUUAUAACUACUAACUAAUUAGUUUAAAAGUUUACUCUAAAUGGUAAGUCCAGUGGUUUGAACCUCUUUAACUUACGCUGUUCUUGGGAAUUGUCUAGGAGGUUAAGUGCAAACUGGUUUUCAUGAUCCUCCAACUUGGCAAUGUAUGCAGCGCUACGUUUUGUGAUGACUUCUUGUACCAUAUCCAUUUUAAGGUCUCGAUGAAUAAUUCUGUUGUUGAUGUACCAAGGUGCAUUAGUGAUGGUUCUGAGGGUUUUUGAUUGGAAGCGUUGGAUAAUUUCUAUGUUGGAGUGACUGGCUGUUCCCCAUAGUUCCAACCCAUAUAUCCCAGAUUGGCAUAAGUAUUGCCUUAUAGAGCAGCAAUUUAUUAUCCAGAGAUAGUCUUGAUGAACGGCCCAUUAACCAAUACAUAUUUCUUAAUUGGAGACCUAGUUGCUUUCUCUUGGUCCAGAUAUGUUUCCUCCAUGUGAGACUUCUGUCCAAGUGAAUACCAAGAUAUUUUACCUCGUUGGCUGAUGGUAAUUGGCGAUUGUUUAAAAUUACAGGACAGUUCCUCUUCGUGUUGUAAAUGUAACAUGAAUAGAUUUUCCUUCAUUGACUUUAAUUUUCCAUUCCAAAAACCAAUCUUGUAUUCUGUCUAGAUACGCUUGAAGGAGAUGCGAGGCAUAAAUAGGGUCAGUGUGUGAGGCUAGGAUUGCAGUAACGUCGGCAAAUGUUCCUGGCAUCAUUUCUUCUGUAGGUGGUCUCUCCUCUAGUGGUUCCUGAAGAGUUGGAGGUAUAUCUGCGAUAAACAAGAGAUACAAGGUAGGUCCCAGCACACUACCCUGCGGUACGCCAGCUUUGAUAGAAUAGAGUUUGGAAAUUGCAUCUUGGUAUUUAAUAAAAUAACACCUACCUGACAAAUAUGACUCAGAAGAAUGUAAAAGCUGUGCGGUAUUGUCCUUUUUAGCUUGUAUAGCAGGCCUUCAUGCCAUACCUUGUCAAAUGCCGCUGAACAGUACGCCUCAAAAUCAGCAUUUAUAUGUUUUACCACUCUGUGAACUUGUUGGAUUGUUGAGUGAUGGGGCCGAAAUCCAAACUGGUGGUCUGGAAUUAGAUUUUUGAUCCAGGGUUCGAGUUUUUUUACUAAUAGUUUUUCGAAAACUUUAGACGUGAUCGGCAAGAGGCUGAUUGGCCUGUACGAUGUAGUUUCUUUUUGAGGUUUCCCCGGUUUUAGAAUGGUUAUUAUCUGAGACACUUUCCAUUGAUCAGGAAAGUAACCUAAGUUUAAUAUGGCAUUGAAUAUAAACAUUAGAAGUUUUAUGCAUUUGAGAGGUAAUUCUUUCAACACUUUUCCAUUGAUCAAGUCGUACCCUGGAGAUUUUCUAUCGUUUAAAUUGUUAAUAGCUAAGAUGACUUUGGACGAUUUAAAUUUCGGAAUAGGUAAACUCAUUUGAUAUGGACUUUGAAGAAAUGAGAAUACAUCUACUUCCACAGGUGAAUUCAUUUGAUUGGGAGUAAAUACUUCGGAGAAAUACUCUGCAAAACAACUUGCUUUCUCUUGUGCACACGAGCCCAUUCUCUGUCCGAUUUUCUGAUUGGAGGUGACGGUUUCUGGGUUUGUUUCAGUUUUCUCGUGGCUUUCCAUAGCGAAUAAUCGCUAUCUUUAGUGGAAGCUAAAUUUUCCAAGUAGCACUGAAGUGAUUGGUUUUUGAGGUCUUCGAACAGCUUUUUUAAUUCCCUUGAUGCACUUUUGAAUCUACGCUUAUCCGCAGGAUCUCUGGUCUGUUGCCGUCUUUUCCUCAAUCUUCUCUUUAACAAUAUUUUUUCUUUGACUACUUGUGGGCAGUCAUUUAUUAUGCAUUUAUCUUGUAUUGUUGGUGUUGUUUGCCAGGCAGCUGAUUGGAUAUUUGUAGUUAGUUGUUCCACAGCAAGAAAAGUCCCAAGAAGUCUCAGAUGUAAACAAUAAAUCUGAAAAUUCUCGUGGAACUUAAUCUCUGCCUUUUACAAUUUAUAAGGCAAGAAGACGAAAGGGAAUCUACAAUAUGCAGUCACAUUCCGUCUAUUCGUAUAGGAAAAAUUCCAACGAAAGUUGAUUCCGUGUACUCAAUAUACAGGGUGUCCAGAAACUCUACCGACAAACGAAGACAGUAGAUUCCUCAGAUAAUUUUAAGACAAUUUAACCCAAUUCACCUAGUCUGAAAAUGCUACCUAAGGGAGCUAGAGCUCUUUGAAGAUGGCGUCAUGUAAUUAGUUUUUCUUAAAUACCUCCAGAACGCUUCUAUUUAGAAAAACAAAAAUUGGUAUGCGUAUUUACUUUCCAGAAAUGAAUCGAUUCCAUCGAUUGCGAAUUUGACUCUGAAUUAUUAAAUUGUGAGGUAUUCUAGUACUAAAAGGUACUCUUACUUUAAGUCGAUAAGAUUAUAACGUUUUCUAGAAAAAUCGAUUUGAAAAUUUUUCGUUCUUUGAAUUUCAAAAAAAAGAUUCAAAAAAAAACUAUUUAGAAAGAUGAAAACUGGUACAUUUAUUUAUAUUCCAGAGAUUAAUCGAUUUCAUUAAUGGCGAAUUUCUAGAAACGGUCAUAGGCGUCCGUUUUGGGUAGGUCAACAGUUAUUUUAUAGCAUAACUUUAUUGUCUUUAAUUUUUAAGUAUUUUUGACACUAGAUUAUUCAAUUAUGAGAUAUUCGAGUACUAAAAGUUACUCUUGCUUUAAGUUGGUAAAAUACAUCGUUUUUUUAAUGUUUUUCAUUCUUUUUUUUUUUUCAAAUUCCCAAAACUAAAAACUUUCAAAUCGAUUUUCUAGAAACGGUGUGUCCUACCGACUUAAAGUAAGAGUACCUUUUAGUACUAGAAUACCUCACAAUUUAAUAAUCCAGUAUCAAAAAUGCUUAAAAGUUGAAGACAAAAAAGUUAUGCGAUAAAAUAACCGUUGCCCUACCCAAAACGGACGCCUAUGACCAGUACUAGAAAUUCGCAAUGGAUGGAAUCGAUUCAUUUCUAGAAAGUAAAUAUGUAUACAAAUUUUCGUUUUUCUAGAUAGAAGCGUUCUGGAGGUAUUUAAGAAAAACUAAUUACAUGGCGCCAUCUUCAAAGAGCUCUAGCUCCCUUAGGAAGCAUUUUCCGACUAGGUGAAUUGGGUUAAAUCGUCUUAAAAUUAUCUGAGGAAUCUCCUGUCUUCGUUUGUCGGUAGAGUUUCUGGAUACCCUGUAUAUAAAUGAAAAAUUAAAGACAGCUAUGUUUCAUUUCGGUUCAGAGAUGAUCCACCAUCCCCAUACGUCCGUUUCGGUGUCUCCAAACCUCUUCAGUGAAGUCUACUACUACUGAAGGGGCUACUCAUACAUCUAUGAGUUACGAAAUAUCAGGAAAAUAUAAUAUAGUUAUAUCUCAGUUACGUUUUCUUGAAUAUUUUGUUUUCAACAAAGAUCAUCAAUGCGUUAAUCUUCCACUAUUUCUGUAAUUGUUAUUCGAGAUGACCUACAUAAUUUCUAUUAGGAAUCUUACGGAAUAGAAAAUUAUGGAAAAAAUAUUCGGAUUUGGGAUAGGAAAAUUUUGAGAAAAGAUUUUAUGUGGUAUAAAGCAGGCUAAUGGUAAAUGGCAAAAAGAACAAACCAAAAGCUAAUGGAGAUGUAUAAGAGACAUAAAAUAACACAAAAAAUCAGGACGCAGAGAGUUGAAUAUUUGGGACAUUUUUAACGAAUGCCACAAGAAAGAAAGAGUUUUGCAAGCAGAAUAACAAAGGAAGAAUAGAAGAGGGAGACCAAGAAGGAAUCGGAGAAAUGGGUACAAGGGACUAGAGAGAACAAGUGAAGGACCGGAAAAAGUGGAAGAAUCUAGUCAAGACACGAAGCCAAGGGAGCCUCCAAGGCCUGUUGUUGUCUGAAUUAUGAAAAAAAACCUCAUUUUGUCAUAUAUCUACCAAAUCAUCGACUUCUGGGACUUAUAGCUUACAUAUCUAUGAAAAUGAUAAUGAAAAUCUAUGA